AUGUAUGGAAUGGCUAUCUCCAGAUCUAACAAUAUUGGAUUAGCCCACCGGCUACGGGACAUCCAGAAACUACCGUAUGUAGUGGUCGCCAAUCGUCACCUCUCCCUUGUGUAUGAACUUUACUACAAAGCGUUUGAGCGCUUCCGGAGAAUCCCGGAGAUAAAGACGCUUGAGGACAAUGACAAGUUCUGUGACAUUCUACGGAAAACUCUCAAAGAACACCUUGUCGUCAUCCCCAAAUUAGCCAUGGGGGUUUUGGAGUGCCGAGAUCUUUUACCACCCGACGUGAUGGAUCAAUUUAUGAAUACUCUCCUUCGAGCGCGAAUCUCCCGCCGCGUCAUUGCCGAGCAACACUUGGCCCUAACGGAAACGUUCAACUCUCCGUGGCACUUCCCUAGCGCGCAGGACCGAGGUGACUCGAACGCGGACUUUGUUGGAGAAGUGUUUCUCAAAUGCAAUGCGAAGGAGGUUGUCGAGCGAUGUGGGAAACUCACACAGGAUACAAUGCGACAGGCCUCCGGCUCGGACAAGAUCCCCGAGAUUAACGUGCAGGGACAUUUAGAUGCUACCUUUCCCUAUAUGCUGAGCCAUCUGGAGUACAUUAUUGGUGAACUCCUACGUAACUCGAUCCAGGCCGUCAGUGAGAAAUACAACGGAUCACCCGAAAGGCCGCCGCCUAUCGAGGUACUCAUCUGCGAAGCACCUCAGCAUGUCAUCAUGCGGGUGUCUGACCAGGGCGGGGGGAUCCCUCGCGAAGUCCUCCCGUAUCUGUGGUCCUUCACUAAAGGCCCCCACAGCAACGCCCGGCUCCAGAACCUGGGCCAGGUACCUGCAAUGGCGGCGACUAUGCAGGAGUUGUCGGUACCGAAGGAAACAAAACGGGUAGACAAAGACACAUUCCGCGAGGGCUCGCUUGAUACGCUUACCUCGCGACCUCCGAACCUUCGCCUUGGGAUGGGGCUGCCGAUGAGCCGGGUGUAUGCAGAAUAUUGGGCCGGCAGCCUCGAGUUGCAUAGCCUAGAAGGAUAUGGCGUGGACGCAUUUCUCCAAAUCUCGAAGCUUGGCAAUAAGAAUGAGCAAGUCACCACAAGAGCGUCGAUCGAUGCAGUUUGA